AUGUCAUAUUCUCCAGUACCAAGGAGGCCGAGUCACCUUGGUCCAGUAUCUGCUGUACAAAGACCCGGAUUCAGUCCACGCUCGUCUUCGCUGUCCAUAAAUUCCAAUGACUCCACAACGUCGUUAUUAGCAUCCUCUCGCAGAACCAAUGGGUCAGGACUGAAGAAGUCAUCGACAGUGCCUGAUUUGCCUGGCCCCUUGGAUGCGCUGGAGAGUUUACUGAGCUCUGAGGGUAGUGGUUUGGCAGUCUAUGCGGGGAAUACAGGUCUGGAUGGGUAUGAGAGCGAACUAGAUUUUGAAGGCCUCAACCUGCGACAAUUGAUUUCUCCACCUGCAAUGGAUGCCGAAGAGCAUCUAUACACUACGCAGACAACGGAGCAGUUCGAGCAGGACAAGGCCAAAUUCGAAAAUCUUCACCAUUCAAUUCGUGCUUGUGACGACAUACUCAACUCAGUCGAGAUCAACUUGACGAGUUUUCAGAACGACCUUGCUGCAGUGUCAGCAGAGAUAGACACAUUGCAGGCUAGGUCGUCCGCGCUGAGCGUCAGGUUGGGGAAUCGAAAGGUCGUGGAGAAUGGAUUGGGUCCGAUAGUAGAAGAGAUCAGUGUUUCCCCUGCAGUUGUAACGAAGAUCGUUGAAGGCGCAAUUGAUGAGGCUUGGGUUCAGGGUCUCGCCGAGGUUGAGAAAAGAUCCAGAUCCAUAGAGCUUAAGUCCAAAGAGAAUCGCAACAUCAAAGGCAUCAACGAUCUGAGGCCUUUACUUGCAAAUCUGGUUGACAAGGCGCUCGAACGAAUCCGGGACUUCAUGGUAGCCCAAAUCAAAGCAUUGCGAUCGCCGAACAUUAAUGCCCAGAUUAUACAGCAACAGCACUUCAUCCGAUACAAAGACCUGUUUGCUUUCUUACAUAAACACCAUCCUCAGCUGGCCGAACAGAUUGGCCAGGCUUACAUGAACACCAUGCGGUGGUACUUUUUGAACCAGUUCACGCGCUACCACAAAGCUCUUGAAAAGAUCAAGCUCCAUAGCAUUGAUAAGCACGACGUGCUCGGCCAAGAUGACACAAGUCGGAAGUCGAAUAUCCUGUCAGGUGCCAAAUCAGCCGCACCUCAUGAUGCUUUCAAUUUGGGGCGUCGAAUCGAUAUGCUGAAGACGUGGAGUCAAACCGCCCUCUCUUCAUUUAACGCAGAGGAAGACAAAUCGACUCAUUAUAUGGAAGUCCCCUUUAGGAACUUUAACCUUGCGCUGGUUGACAACGCGUCUGCCGAGUACUCCUUUCUCACGACCUUUUUUGCACCCUCGUUGUCCUAUUCUACCAUCUCGCGGCAUUUCAACUAUAUAUUCGAGCCCACAUUUUCCCUGGGCCAAAGUUUCACGAAAUUUUUGACGCACGACACGUUCGACUGUCUCGGCCUUCUACUCUGUGUAAGAUUGAACCAGCAUUUCGCAUUUGAGCUUCAACGUCGGAAAAUACCCGCUGUCGAUGGAUACAUCAAUGGUACCAGCAUGUCCCUGUGGCCUCGCUUCCAAGUAGUGAUGGAUCAUCAUUGUGAGUCUGUUCGGGCAGUCAUCAAUGGUGUGUCAACCAGAAAACCGUCUACGUCUGAGCAAGCCAAACAAUCUGCUGCCCCUCACUUCAUGACUCAGCGAUUUGGCCAGUUCAUGGCAGGGAUCUUGGCCUUGAGCACGGAAGCAGGAGACGAUGAACCGGUCUCGGCAAGUUUAAUGAGACUUCGAAGUGAGACCGAGGCAUUUUUGACUAAAACUAGUAAAGUCAUUGGGGACUCAAGGAAGAGGGAAAGGUUUCUGUAUAAUAACUACUCCUUGAUUCUGACAAUCAUUGGUGACGUUGAGGGUAAGCUGGCGUUGGAACAGCAGGAGCAUUUCGAAGGACUCAAAACGGCGUUUGGAGAGGAUGGGUAG